AUGCCCGAGUAUGCGACAACAGACAUCUCCGCUGCGUCAGAGAAGAGCAUAAUAAGGAGGAGGCGGAGGAGGAGACAUGAAAUGUCCGUUGAGUUCAAUCGAGAGACGCCUCGUGCCACAGCCCAGCGUGGCCAUUGCGAGAAUAUGGAUAACGGCGUGGCUGCAUGGUGUGUGACGGAGAAGGGGCAUGUAAACAUCUCGUUCAUGCCGUGGUAUUCACAUGCGCCGAGGCAGCGGGAUGCAUUUACGAAGAGAUUUUUAAGUCUUCGUGCGGCGUUGGCCGUACAGGAACUUGUGAAGGAGGUACGCACACUGAUGCGGAGUUGUUGCCUUCCAACAAUAGAUGUUGAUGUGUUGGAGAAAUACAUCAUAUCUCCUUUGGAGCAUAGAGGAAGAAGGGGAGAAAAGACAAACUUAUUAUCUAAAUCUUUAUCAGGAGAAGAUGCCGUCAAGACGUGUGAAGCAACACCUUGCAACUUAUAUGAGAAGAUAACAAAGAAAGGCAGCUUUUCUACGGACAUUCUGGAGACACGCUCGCCAUGCGUGACGUCGGUCCCUACCGUCAAACCGGCAUGCAAUCAUCAUGAUGACUCUGGCGUGAAUGACGCCGCCGUAGGCCCCUUCUUUACCCUAGUGACAGGAGGCACGCACUCUCGGCACCCCGUCUGCCAUGAAGCAUUGAGCAACCACGAAAAAAAGAGGAUGUUAGCAGAGAAGCGGUCGAAAUUUGGCCAUUGUGUCUCUAACCGCUUAAACGCCAACUCUUAUAAACAUGCAGCAAAGACAUUCUUAGGAAAUCGGCCGUCCCUGAUUGGGGCUGUUGAUGAUGUUGACAAUUCUGUUAGGGGCAUGGAGGCUGUAGGACGGAAUGAAGCAGCCGUUGCUGACAUCAUGCAACUACGCCGGCUUCUUCUGGAGCAUCAGGCUCAGACUUUGGCCGUUUUGGACGCCGUAGACCAACGAGAGACGAUCGUGUCGAAACUACGGGAUUUUUUGGCGAUGGCAGCGUCUGACCUCGGCACUGGGGCGGUUUCCACAGAAAUGGAUGACGAGAGCAAUGGAGACACGACGCAACGGCGUGGCUCACACAUGGGAUUACCGCGACGACGGAGUUUGCGGGGGCAAUUGCAGCCCUCUGUGGCUCCACGGCGGCCCGUCACGUUUGCAGAUGAUGCUGUUUCGGUGCCGUCUCGAAUUGGGGCGUUGGUGAAAAAGAGACGUUACUACCGCCGUGGUGUUUUUUACUUUAUGCACCAAUUACAGCGGAUCUCUGUGGUGCUGCUACAUGCCGUCCGCAUCUGGAGGAAGUCACUCAGUGGCAAUUACCCGUUUGUCGUCAAGGGGCACAAUUAUCUGCUCCAUAUGGCAUUGGAGAUGGCGGAUUUUUCAAAGGAGCCCACGCUGUUGCUGUUGUUUCCCUCCGGUGCUGGGCCAAAAAGAAGAAUGCGGGCAACAAAGAGUUCUAUCGAGAUGAAUUUAGAGAACGUUUUUUUUCCCGAAUCCCUGCAGUACUUUCCACUUCUCUCGAACAUGCCAAACCUGGCGGAAUACCGCAAACCACCAGCAAUGACAACCAGCGGCAGCGCAGCGGCCUUUGCGUCGAGUGAAAAGAACCUCGGAAGGGAAAGAGAAUGGUUUCUACCUUUGACGCAAACAGCUUGUGCAGGCGAAGUUUACAGGACGCAGAAACCUUUUGCGAAGGGAGUCCCGGCGGAUGUUGCGUACCUUCGUUGCGUACGCGCCGCAGAGGCAUCUCUUCACCGUGAAGUUUGUGUUCAAAUGAAAUUACUGUGGCGAAAUUUCAUUGCAUGUGCUGAGGGGCGGUACCCGCCGCUUCUGCGAGGUGUUGGCGAGUUGUGUGGUUCCCACGACAAAAUGGUGCGACUGCAGUCCCGCCGGUGGCAACACAAGUGGUAUCGGCAGUUAAAUGACAUGCUUUCCUGUCUGGAAAUGGGGAGUUCUGCCUUGUGUAGAGAUUAG